AUGCAGCUGAUGGCAGUCGGCUUUGCCGAUUCUAGCCUGCUGCUCUACCGUGGCGACGUCCUGAAGGAGAAACAUAGCAAGCCACAACUGCUGAGAGACGGUGCCGUAUGCUCUUCUGAUGGGUCCGUUGUCGGAAUGGAUUUUGCAUUUCUGGGCACCACUGAACACGUUUUGUACGUUGCUACCUCUCGAGCGAUACUGUCAUUUAUGGUGUCUUCGAAAGGAAAGGAUGUGAUUAAAAAUACCUUAGAAAAAGAAGGUUGCGUACCGCGCUGUUGUUCACUAAACCGCAGUUAUGAUGGCGGACAGUUUACAGUUGCCAGGAAAGAGGGCAUAUACUUCUAUCAACCCGAAGAGAAGGGCGGUUGUCAAAUAAUCGAUGGCGAGAAGCUGAUGAUAUAUGCAUUGGGUUCCUACUUGGCAGUUGUGUUUGAGAAAGUCAGCGCACCUGGAAGUGAAGUGGACGAUAAGAUGAAUCUGCUGACGGUGUACGACAUCGGAAAUCAAUACAUCGCUUACAUCGCUCCGGUUCCUCAGGUGUCACAUGUGUUUAGUGCAUGGCAGGCAUUUUUCGUUCUCACGGUUUCCGGCCGUUUGUUCAAGCUGAAGGAACUUGACACAAAUGUCAAGCUUGACAUACUUUGUCGCAAAAAUCUCUACGACCUCGCUAUAAGCCUUGCUGAAAAGCAGAACUUCAGCAAAGAUUGCAUCGCGGAAAUUCAUCGUCUUAAUGGGGAAUACUUUUAUCAAAAAUCGGAUUAUGCCAAUUCGAUCAAACAGUUCAUAAAGACUAUCGGUGUUCUCGAGUCGUCAUACGUUAUUACCAAGUUUCUCGAAUCUCAGCGCAUUGAACAGCUAGCAGAGUAUCUAGAAGCGUUGCAUCGGCAGCAUCUGGCGACUUCAAACCACACGACGAUUUUGCUUAACUGUUACACGAAGUUGAACGCCAUCGAUAAGAUAGACCACUUUUUGCGAGUACGUUGCAUUGUCUCGUCGUACGCCCCACAGGACAACGGAAACAAUGUGGCAUUCGAUGUCGAUACAGCUGUCCGAUUCCUACGUGGCGCCGGUCUGCUCGACCAGGCGUGCGCUGUCGCGAAGAGAAAUGAUCGCUUGGACGUCUACUUGGACCUGCUGAUCGAAUCGAAGAAGGACUACAGCGAAGCCAUUCGCCAGCUGUCCGAUUUGAGUGUUGAAAUGGUGGAUAUCGCCCAUCUUACUCGUGACAUUGUCCAAGUGGUUGCCCAAAACCGCGGGUAUCUGGCAGUUUAG